CUCUCCCUCCGCCUCCUCCUCCUCCUCCUCCCCCUCCUCCUCCUCCGGCCACCUCGCCCCCUCCCUGCCGCCGCUCCCGAGCACUCGCCGCGCCGUCCCGGGACGCGCUCGUCCGCCCCAUCCUCGCUUCCUGCCCGCCCGCCCGCCCGCCGCGCUCGGCGCUCGCCCCUCGCCCCCGCGCGGGACCCCCGGCCCCGGCUCCAGCCUCGCGGCGCCCGGGGAAGGGAGGAGGAGACGGGCGAGCGCGCCCACCGCCGCCCCGGGAAGAUGAACAACGGCGGCAAAGCCGAGAAGGAGAGCACGCCGAGCGAGGCCAGCCUGCAGGAGGAGGAGGUCCGGACUCUGUUUGUCAGUGGUCUUCCCUUCGACAUCAAGCCUCGGGAGCUCUAUCUGCUUUUCAGACCAUUUAAGGGAUACGAGGGUUCUCUUAUAAAGCUUACAUCUAAGCAGCCCGUAGGUUUUGUCAGUUUUGACAGUCGCUCAGAAGCAGAAGCUGCAAAGAAUGCUUUGAAUGGCAUCCGUUUUGAUCCUGAAAUUCCACAAACACUGCGACUAGAGUUUGCUAAGGCGAACACGAAGAUGGCCAAGAACAAACUAGUAGGGACACCAAACCCCAGUACUCCUCUGCCUAACACUGUACCUCAGUUCAUUGCCAGAGAGCCAUAUGAGCUCACAGUGCCUGCACUUUACCCCAGUAGCCCUGAAGUGUGGGCCCCGUACCCUCUGUACCCGGCGGAGUUAGCGCCUGCUCUACCGCCUCCUGCUUUCACCUACCCCGCUUCACUGCAUGCCCAGUGUUUCUCUCCUGAGGCAAAGCCCAACACACCUGUGUUUUGUCCACUUCUCCAGCAAAUUAGAUUUGUCUCUGGGAAUGUGUUUGUAACGUAUCAGCCUACUGCAGACCAGCAGAGGGAGCUCCCAUGUUGAAUUUGCCACUAGCUAUCCGCCCCGCCCCGCCCCGCCCCACCCCCCUUUUUUGUUGUUUUGCAAAAAACAAACAACCAAAAAGAAAAAAAAAAGCAAACUAUUUCUUGGCAACA